AUGCCUGCUGCUCCCAUUACCGGUAUUUUGCGACGACGCCUGAUUCUUGACCUUGGAGUCGGUCUGGGCGCCGGCUUCGCCAUGGCCAACCUCUUCUGGUACGGCUACCACAUGCCCCGAACCAAUGCCCGCGAUGCCUUCUACAUCAAGCUGGAGGCUGAGCGUGCCGAGAACAAGCAGUAA